CACUACAUAAUUUAGUGCGAUAUUGGGAUGCAUCGAGUACGGUCGAAAUGAAGCUAUCUCUCAGAUUAUUAGCGCAACUUCUCUUCGUCUGGGUUAUAGACACUAAGAUAUGUAUCGCUGGCACGUGGUGGGAUGGAUUGAAAGAAGGCCCGACCUGUUCUGAACCGGACACUUGUGGUGAAGGAGACGCAACUUGUGAAUGUUUUCUUACUAUCGAACAUCGUCUUACAAUGAUGACUUCACCAGAUCCUGUUCUUGUUUGGCCAAAAAAUGGAAGUCUAUAUCGUUUUGACGACGUAGACGGGAAAAAUCCGUUGCCCAAAAACACAAUUAAAAAUACGAUAACAUCAGACGGUGUUGGUUCGCGAAUGGUGAUAACAGUUAAUGGUCUAUUUCCUGGUCCAUCUAUUGUAGCUUAUGAAGGUCAGGAUAUGAUAAUACAUGUCCGGAAUCUUAUGCACACAGAAUCAACAUCCAUACAUUGGCAUGGUAUUAAACAAACUAACUCAGUCUACUCCGAUGGAGUUGCCUUUAUCACUCAAUGUCCGAUUCUUCCAGGGCAAAAUUUUACAUAUACAUUUAAAGCAAACCCCCUGGGUACCCAUUUUUAUCAUGCUCAAAUGGGUAAUCAACGAAGCAUGGGACUUUAUGGUGCCCUGAUUAUCAAACCAAAAGAAAAUAUUUUACCUCUUCUUUAUGAAGAAUUUACCGUUUUGUUGCAAGACUGGAAUCACAAUGAUGACCCCGAAACAUCUUAUUUAAGAAUGAUGGAUGGAGUUUAUGAUCUAGAUACUAGAAAAUUUAUAAAUGCCUCACAUUCUGUCGACGGGACAAAAUUCGGCGAAUUUGAGUUUCAUUCUGGACUUAUAAACGGAAUGGGACGAUUUUACAAAACAAAUACCGUUAAUAAUGAAGCUCCGUUGCAGAGUUUUGAGGUAGAACAAUCAAAGAACUAUUUGUUCCGCGUUAUAAGCGCCGCCACAUUAUACCCUUUUCGAGUUUAUAUCGAAGGUCACAGAGAAUUAACAAUUUUAGCUUCAGAUGGAUAUGAUAUCGUCAAAAAUAAUAGGACAACAAAUAAUGAACUUGUGGUAGAAUCCUUUAUUAUUCAUCCUGGAGAAAGAUUUGAUUUUUUGGUUAAUGCUGCUCAGAGCCCGGGCUCAUAUCUUAUCGUAGCUGAAAGUUUAGAAGAUUUGGAUUCCUCAGUGGACGAAUACCAUGCUGCUGAAGCCAUAUUGCAUUAUGUUGGUACUCCUGUCAUCAGUAAUCCACCAAAAUCAACGCCAAAUUCUUGUACACUUCCAAUGCCAUGUACCACAUUUAACUGUCCAUUUCUAUAUUAUCCAUUAGGUACAAAUCGUAAUUGCCUGACGUUUGACAAUGAAACCUAUAGUGAAGAAACUGAAAAAUCAAAUUUUAGGGAAGUGUUGAAUGUUAAGGAAACCUUAUACUUCAACUUUGGCUUUCCGGGUGAUCUUACAAAAAAUAGAGGCUCUGUCAAUGGUCGUCAAUUUGUGUUUCCAGCUGAACCAAUGCUAUAUAGAAUUGACAAAAUGCAAGCGUCAUGCGAAAAUGCUCAUUGUGGUCCAGACAAUGUAUGUCGAUGCACAUUUUAUGAUUUUUUAGAAAAAGAUAUGGCGUAUCAAAUUGUAUUAAGUAACAUAGGUGAUGGAAAAGGGUGGUCUCAUCCGAUUCAUCUGCAUGGUUAUCAUUUUUAUGUGGUUAAAAUGGGAUUUGGAAGGUAUGAUAGAGCAUCUGCAAAGAUCAUGGAAGAGACUAAUGACAUCCGAUGUACUGGUUUAUCAACACCAAAUCUGUGUAAUAAAGAACUUUGGAAACCUGAAGCUUGGAUUUCUAAACCUAAUUCCAUCCCUGGGAUAAAAUUAACAAACCCUCCUCGAAAAGAUACAAUCAUCGUUCCUUCAGGAGGAUUCGUUAUUAUUAGAUUCAAAGCGAGCAAUCCUGGUCCAUGGUUUUUCCAUAGUCAGGUUAACCUUCAUACAACUUAUGGAUUGGGAAUGGUCCUCUACGUGGGUAAUAUCUCUGACUCUCCAACAUUACCAAACUCACUUGUAUGUUGGAAUGACAAUCUUAAAGAAAGUGGUGGAAACUCAAAAAUCUCACAUGAAAAAGAAAACCCGAAUAAAAGUGAACUUGAAGCGAAAGUAGUAAUAGGAAUAGUAUCAUUUUGUUGUGGUGCAGCAAUAUCAGUAAUAAUUUAUUGUUGUGUUUCCUACAUUCGUAGAAAAACCUCACAAAAUCAACGUGAAGUAAACAUUCCUUCAAGAAUAAAUUUAGGAACCGUAGAAGGCAAUGGUGGUUUAGGUGAAGAGGAACAAGAAACCAACCGACAACCACCAAAAGGAAUGAAAUGAGUUACUUCUUGAGAUUGGAGUAUUACUAAUACAUCUGACGUAAUGUGUACAUUGGAGUUAAUUAUAAAAUAAUUCACAAUAAACAACGUAAUUACCUAAAGCUGACAUGAAUUCAUCAAAGUAUUUGAUUGCCAUAUUAGUUUUGAUUGCUCCUCAACUGCUAUUGGGGAUAAAUAUGUUUAUAUCGGUGUUAUAUAGUGCCUUUUCCCCGGAAAAAGGUGUAAUGUGUUUUGUGGGUUCUAACCGCGAAUGAUAUUAAUUUUUUCUUAACGUUACUUUACGUUUAGUUUGAUUAUUAUAAUUAAAUGAAAAUCACUUCAUAUUUGAUCACAAAUAUGAUUGAAUGAUAUAAUAAAUUUUCCUUUUAACCCUC